AUGCGAGAAGACGCGGACGUCUCGCUUCGCAGGAUCCGAGAAGAGAUCGGCCGCCCAAUCUACGCAGCCUUGCUCGAGAUCCAAAAGUACAAGACCAGGGAACUGAAGUCGCUGGAAUGGGUCGAGCAACUGGAAUGUCUGUAUGUGAAGAAUGAUAAGCGUAAUCAUCGACAACGCGGCAGAUACAAGCAGAGCGACACGCCGCGGUCGUCGAAGCCACUUCUAGGUCGGAAAUGCAUUGACACUUUCUCUACGCGGAGUUACGUCGCCGUGUCGUAUAUAUGGAACCCAGAUCCGCGAGAGGACACUAAAACUGGGGUGUAUUUUGUCGAAUCAAGAGACCACUCCCACCGGUCGUCGAGUAGGUCGACAACAGUGAGAGACGUCGUCUGGGACAGAGUCACGAAAUUUGCAGCCUACAUAGACUGCCCGUAUUUCUGGCUCGACCAGGAGUGUAUUGACCAGGAAGACGAGGACGAGCAAGAAAUCGCAAUCCAGUCCAUGCACCUCGUCUACAGCCGCAGCCAACAUCCCGUUGCGCUGCUCUCGACCGCGCGCAUCGUCUCUGGACAGCAAUUGGACCUCUUAACCGAGAUUCUUAGCGGGAGAUUCAUUGGAGACGGCGAGAACUCAGCAGCGCAAGAGCUGCGACUAAAUCCUCGCAUGAUCGGGAUAGUUGAAAAGGCGCUGGAUCUCCUGGACUUAAUCACUUCGGACCGGUGGUGGAACAGAGCAUGGCCUUUUCAGGAGGACUAUUGUGCCUCGACGAGGAUGACUCUGCUCAUACCUCAUGAUCCCUCUCUCGAGGCGCGGAAGCGAGACACAGAAGGCUUGUUGUUUGGUGCCCUUGAAGGCGAGCUUUGUGUGAAUUCGGCCGACUUCCGGCAAGAAGCCUCUCGGCUCUGUCUCGCAUACAUGAGUCAAAAUUGGCGUCGAGGCAGACUCGAGGAGGCAGUCAGACGAGUUCUACAACGGGCCGGAAAAUACACCGUCACUCUUCAGGAUCCCCGGGUAGAAGACAGCAUGUACGCCGUCCGAAAAUCAAUGUCCCCCAGCAUCUUCGCCGACGUCGGCGCUCGGGAAGCAGGAAGGUGUGUCGACCGCCUCGCCAUCGUGGCAAACUGCUGUGCAUAUUCUGUGCGCUUGAGGACGAAGACGCUACAAGACGGCAACCACAGCUUGAGCCUAGCCUUGCUGGCACUGUAUCUUCUCAACGGCGAAAUCCUCAUGAACAGCGGCGGCAGCACCGCUCCCCUGGAGAACACAAUAUUCGAUUUCUUAAAGGCUCAGUCCCUUGACUCGUUCUCGCCACCUACCGAUCAUCAGCAGCUGACGUUCAUCAAGAGUUGCCGCCUCAUCCGGGUCAGAUUGGUGAAAGAAGGGAUCUGGACGCGAGGGCACCUGUGGGAGCUCGGCCCCACGGUACGCGUGAGGCGACGGCGGCACGGCGUGCCCUGGCAGUUCGAUUCCAGCAGCGGGUUGACGGGCCGCCAACGCUGGCGCCUCUACCAACUUAUCGAGGAGCUCAGAAGCCCAUGGAACGGAAAGCAAUAUGAAGCUGAGGACCUUGUCGCGUCUCUCGGGGAGUUCCUCGACCGGGACGAAGACUGUUCGGGGAUCGACGAGCUGAGCUUCUCAGGACGGUUUCAGACCUGGAUGGCCGCCGAGGUCACCGACGCUAUGUGGGAUGAAAGGAAGACUCUACGCUUAGGGCGUUUGGUUGAAGGGCCAGGAGACACUCAGUAUGAAUACACCGGUAUCUUCGUCUUCGACGCCGACAGAGCGCGCUCUGGACAGUACAUUUUCACGGCAUCCUGGGACGGGGAAGAGGUCGAGAUUGACAAGCAUGUAAGUCUGGAGGUGGAUGUCCGAGGCCGAAGUAGGUCUGGUAGACCACUGUUGCAGGCAAAGAGAUGGGUUAAUGGGCUAAUCUUCUUUCGAAACCAUCGGAGACAAGAUUUCAUUUUCCCCUGGCCUCCCUCCUUUACAGUUUAA